AGUACAUCACUUAGGUCUCAUCAUCGACAAAAGUAAAAAGUAAAAAUGCCAAAAUUUGUGCCGCGUCAGAGGAAACACAAGGUCCUUGCGCGUGAGAAGGCGCUACAAAACGGCAUCCAAGAUGGUGGAGAUGCAUCCCCGCAGACGGACAGCAAUGCGCUGGAGAUUCUCCCGGGCGCUCAGAAAGCAGACCGCGAAGCUAGAAGAGCUCAGUUGAGAGAUGAAUUGAAGGGCGAAGUUAAGGUCAGCGGCAAAAAGGCCAAGCGCCUUGAGAAAUAUAUCGACAAUAAGCUCAAAAAGGACGAGAAUCGAGUUCUCUUAGCUGAAUUAGCUAAGAAUAAGAUUGACACAAGCUUAUUCUCGAGUAGUCGAAGUCUUGGCCAGGGAAAAGAGACGAGGCGUCAGGGACUUAGUCGCGCUUUGAGGGAACGAAGAGCAGGCGUUGGCGAGGACGACGAUGAUGUCCUCUUCGAAACCAAGGAUACUCUCGCGAGUGAUGAAUCAGAAGAUGAUUUUGAAGCAUAUUCAAAACCUGGCCUCUCUAAAAGUCGAGAAAGCGGAUUUUCUCAGAAUGCUGCGUCAGCAGUCAAUGGUUCUACUGCCAGCGAUACUAAAGUCGCCUUACCAGAAAAAGCAGCCGUCACUGUGGGGUCUGGAUUAAAACGUCCUCUAGAAUUAGACGACGAGGGGCGACCAGUUAUACAAAAGAGACAGAGACGUGGUGGCGUAAAGUCAAAGGUGCAUGCGAAGGCACAAAUCAUACUGCCCGAAAUAUCACCUGAGAAUGCGGAAGAACGCAUGGAUGAGAAUGACACUGGCGAUGACGAGUGGAAUGGGUUUAGUUCCGACGCGUCCGCCCACGGUUCAGCCAAGUCUCAAGAAUCCUCAGAGGAUGAGUCCGAGGAGGAAGAAGAAGAAGAAGAAGAAGAAGAAGAAGAAGAAGAAGAAGAAGAAGAAGCUACAGAUCAAGAGUCAAGUAGCGAUGAUGAAUCAUCCGAAGAAGAGGAUGACGUGUCGAAAAGGAAGGAGAGAUCCUCGGCCUUUAAAUCCUGGGCCCACGAACAGCGUAAUGCAGCCCUUGGAUACGAGCCCGUCGACAAUAAUAAUUCGGUUUUGAAUAUUACGGUGCCCAAGGAUUUCAAGCCACGGCCGUUGGAGCAAGACCCAUUGCCCGUGGAAUUACUUCCGACAAAGGACAGCGGGAGAAAGGCGUUUAGCGUCCCAGUUCAGAGGACAUCUGAGAUACAAGAUGCGCGGCUUAAGCUACCGGUGGUAGCCGAGGAGCAGAAGAUCAUGGAAGCCAUCCACAACAACAAUGUAGUAGUAAUUUGUGGUGCUACUGGAUCAGGAAAAACAACACAAGUACCCCAGUUUCUAUUUGAAGCUGGGUACGGCUCACCUAGCUCACCCACAUCAGGCAUGAUCGGAGUGACACAACCACGAAAAGUCGCUGCGGUCAGUAUGUCAAAGAGGGUUGGGCAAGAACUUGGUGAUCGGUCAGACGCUGUUGCAUACCAGAUUCGAUUCGAGGGCACGGUUGAUGAUAAGACAGCAGUUAAAUUUAUGACGGAUGGUGUGCUUCUUCGUGAAGUCGCCAAUGACAUCUCCCUUCGCAAAUAUUCUGCCAUCAUUAUUGAUGAAGCUCACGAGAGGAGCGUCAACACAGAUAUUCUUAUUGGGAUGCUGAGCCGAGUCGUUAAGUUACGAGAGGAGAUGUCUAACGAAGACCCCAAGUUAGCUCCACUGAAGUUAAUUAUCAUGUCAGCUACUUUGCGAGUAGAUGAUUUCAUAAAAAAUCAAACUUUAUUCCCAAUACCGCCGCCGGUUCUUGACGUUGAGGGCCGACAACACACGGUUACUAUGCACUUUUCUAGGCAGACCAGUCACGACUAUGUCGACGAGGCCUUCAAGAAGAUUAUGAGAGGACAUCGUAAGCUUCCGCCAGGUAGCUUCCUUGUCUUUCUUACUGGGCACGACGAAAUACAAAGGCUGAGUAAGAAGCUCAAGCUUGCGACUGGUACUAUGAAUCCUAUCGUAUAUCCAAAGGUCCGAAUAUCCGCCAACGACGCCCCUUUAGAAGUCGAGGAUAUCGACUUUGGAGAAACUAAUGAAAUAGCAAAUGAUGAUUAUGACCUACCAUUUAUUGACGAGGAAUAUGAUAACGAAGACGAUGGUGAAUUCGACGUUUCGGAGGAAGUUGGUUCAGGACCCCUGAAGAUGCACGUCUUACCCUUAUACUCAUUAUUACCUACGAGAGAACAAAUGCGAGUAUUUGACGAUCCACCUGAGGGCUCGCGUGCUAUUAUACUUGCAACAAACGUUGCCGAGACAAGUUUGACGAUACCUGGCGUUCGCUAUGUAUUUGAUUCAGGGCGGUCCAAAGAACGAAGAUACAAUAAGGAAACUGGAGUACAAAGCUACGAGAUCGGCUGGAUCAGCAAAGCUAGUGCGAAUCAACGAGCUGGACGUGCUGGACGAACCGGUCCAGGUCACUGCUAUCGGCUAUACUCCUCUGCCGUAUAUGAGCGGGACUUCCCUGAGUUUGCCGACCCCGAAUUGCUAAGAAUGCCCAUAGAAGGGGUAGUGCUGCAGCUCAAGGCAAUGCGGCUGCAACACGUAGUCAACUUCCCCUUUCCUACACCACCGGAGCGGCAAAGCCUUGCUAAGGCUGAGAAACUGCUCCAGUACCUAUCAGCCAUAACCGAAUCAGGACAAGCUACUCAAAUUGGCCAGACGAUGGCGAAGUUCCCUCUUCCACCCCGUUUUGCGCGCAUCCUUCUGGUUGGGCAUCUCCACGGCUGCUUGCCAUAUACCGUGGCACUUGUCGCAGGUCUAUCUGUAGCAGAGGUGUUUAUCCCAGAAAGCCAAGCAAUACCAGUUCUAGCAACGGAUCAUGAGCACGACUUCCGCACCAACCAGGACGUAGCCGCGGAGAACCAGCAGAUCCUAGCGCGACGUAAAUACAACGAAGUUCACCGAAAUUUCUGUUCGCUAGACGAUAGUUCCGACGCCAUCAAGCUCCUCCAAGUCGUCGGGGAAUUCGCACACGACCCGACAGAACACUGGUGCGAGGACCACUUCGUGCGCUUCAAAGCACUCCAAGAAGCCCAAAAACUCCGCCGGCAGAUCACAAGCCUACUUCAGAAAGACAUCCCCGCAUUCGCCAACCUGACUUUCAAAGAGAAGCUAGACCGACCCAGCCCAAAGCAAAUCACAGCCUUAAAACAAAUGGUCACCGCAGGCUUCAUCGACCAAGUCGCCAUCCGCGCCGACCUAGCCCCCUCCCCGCCCGAAAUCUUCCGCAAACCCCGCCGCGCCAUCGACGUCCCCUACGUGCCCCUCAAGCCCACCGAGUCGGACCCGCGCGACCCCUCAGCCGGCCUAGUAUACAUCCACCCGUCGUCCUCGCUCGCGCACCGCAGUCCCCAGGAGUGUCCCGAGUACAUCGUAUACACGAACCUACAGCGCGCCGCGGCCGACCCGUCUGCGCAAAAGACUCCCAAGACGAGGAUGCUCGCGCUGACGGAUGUUACGGGCGCGCAAUUGGCCGCGCUGGCGAAAGGGACCCCGCUGCUUUCGUACGGCAAGCCGAUUAAGGAGGUUCCGAGGACGGACGGCGCGAGGGAGUGCUGGGUUGUGCCGUAUAUGCGGGCCGAAGGAGCUGGUGGGUUGGGCUGGCCGUUGCCGGUGAGGAAGAUUGUGCAGAGGAAAGUUCCUGGGAAGGGAUGGGUUGCGGAAUGAUACGGCGGGGGUUGGAUUAUGCUGCUUUGGAUUAGAGUAAGAGGGUAGGUGAUUGUUGUGCUAGCGGGGAGAAAUUCGCUGUUGUUGUGUAUAUAAAGGGAGUUAGUUGGUGACAUUAAAGAGAUAAUAUGUUUACGUUCUAUGUUGGUCAUUUACGCCUAUAAUACCUUAGGUAGUAUUUAUGAGAAUGUAUACGUGCUACGUGUUUCAACCAUCUCGUCUAAAUAUAAUUGACAUAUUUAAGCACG